AUGUUGGCAAUAUUCAACAAAGAGUUGGUGAAUCCACCCCAGGAGCUGUAUAGUCCAGCUUCAUUAUGUUCAUCAAGAAAACCAAAGCUUCCUGAGGAAAUUUUGAAGGGUUUUGUAUCUUCUAAUCUUUCUAAUGCUUUCUCAAUGAGCUUUGGAGAUGCUGCAUUGCUUGCUUAUAUUUCACAAGGAAAUUCUUACCCCGGACACCAGAGGCUGUUCUGUGGAUUGGAUGGCAUAUACUGCAUUUUCUUGGGGGGCUUGAACAACCUGAGCAGCCUCAAUAAACAGUACGGGCUAUCAAAGUGCACCAAUGAGGCUAUGCUUAUCAUUGAAGCAUAUCGGACCCUCCGUGACCGUGGCCCAUAUCCAGCUCACCAGGUUCUUCAGGAUCUGGACGGCAGGUUUGGAUUUGUGGUCUAUGACACCAAGGCAGGACAGGUCUUUGCUGCGCUGGGUGCAAAUGAAGGGGUUGGGUUGUUCUGGGGUGUUGCAGCUGACGGAUCAGUGGUGAUUUCUGACAACUUGGAGGUGAUAAAAGGAAGUUGCGCUAAAUCAUUUGCUCCAUUCCCAUCAGGGUGCAUGUUCCACAGCGAACAGGGCUUGAUGAGCUUCGAGCAUCCAAGUGGCAAAAUGAAAGCUCUGCCUAGGAUUGAUAGCGAGGGAGCAAUGUGUGGAGCUACCUUCAAGGUUGAUGUUCAUUCUAGGAUUCGCAGCAUGCCUCGUGUUGGUAGCGAAGCCAACUGGGCUUUGGGAGGUUCACAAGCCUGA